AUGGAUGAUGUUAGGCAAACUCUCUACCAAAACCACCCUCUUCACCAUCCCUUAAUUUCUCCAGAAGAUCUCUACUCUUACACCCUUCCCUCACACUCCGAUACCCUCUUCACUCGCCUAAAUAGCCUACAGGAGGAAGACCUACUCCUGGACUGCAUUUUCCCCCUCCAAGGCAAAUCUUUCCAAGCUCACAGACUUGUUCUGGCAGCUGCCAGUCAACACCCUGAUGUAUUUUUUGGCUCUAAACUCAAAUGUGGGCUUGGAGUGGAGGAUAUAGCACAUUGUUUGACCCCAGUUGGGUUAAGUGCUGUUCUGGACUUUGCGUACUGUGGAAAUGUAGCCGUAGACUUCAGUAAGAAAGGGGUAAUGGAGGAGGUGCUGAAUGCUUGCAGGUUUCUAGAGAUGGAGAGGCUGAGUCAAAGGUGCACGUCAAAAGUCACAACCUCUGCGGCCACAGAGAGAGAGAAGAGCUUGACUAACAUUAAGAUCAUGUGGGAGAGAGGUGUUGGUUGUGACUUCACAAUACAAGCAGAGAGUGGAGAGAGAUACUCAGCACACCGUGUGGUGUUAGCAGCAGGUGGGGACUAUUUUCGGGCACUGCUCUGUGGAGGGUUACGGGAGUCCAGUGAGGACAUUGUAUGCCUGCGAGGCGUGGCAUCCUGGGUCAUUGAAUCCAUGCUCGGCUUCAUCUACACGGGUCAGCUCAGAAUGGGCUGGAGCCAGAUUUGGGAGCUGACAGAUGCACUGUGUCAGUUCCAGCUGCAGGGGGCGCUCUCACUGUGCAUUGACUUCCUACGGGACAGAAUGGAUGAAAGCACCUGUCUGGAUGUGCUGGUCCUAGCUGAGACCUAUGCGCUGGUCCAGCUGGGGCAGGCUGCAGAGGAGUACAUCCUAGCCCACUUCCAGUGCAUCUCUGCUGGGGAGAAGUUCAAGGAUGUCCCCUGUUCCUUCCUGGAGAAGAUGCUUGAGAAGGACUCAUUGUAUGUAGAGAGUGAGAUAGUGGUGUUCAGGGCAGUAGUUGACUGGGUGGAGGAUAGCCCUAAAGAGAGACUACCAGUUCUGCCAGGCCUGCUCCACCGUAUUCGUCUCCCCCUCCUCAGCUACUCUGAGCUCCAGGAGGCCCUAAGCUGCGGCCUCCUCUACAGGAGCCCAGGGGCCAGAGGAUCACUGGAGGCUCUCCAAAGCCUCCUGGAGGAGGAUUACACAGGGCCUGAGUGCCGACCUCGCAACCCAAACCAGGUUCUGGUUCUGGUUGGUGGGGACACUGUUGAUGAUGAAUGCAUGAAGAUGGUUCCCAGCCAGACCUUGUGGUUCGCUCAGCAGUUCCACCGUGGACAUGGUCUGAUCAGAAGCAUAGAGUGGAGGCCAUUCACCAAGCUUCCUGAACCGCCCCGGUUCAGACACUGCGUCUGUCUCCUCAACAACAACCUUUAUGUCCUGGGAGGACGCAAGUACUACGGAGCACUGGAUAUCCUUAAGUCUGCCUUGAGGUUUGACCUGUCUCAGUGUAAAUGGGAACGACUACCUGACAUGCUGUGUCAAAGGGACAACUUUUCUGCUGUGUGUCUGGAAGGUAAGAUCUUUGCUCUGGGUGGUAACUGUGACGACAGCCAAUACCUGGAUGCUGUGGAGUACUACACUCCUGAGGAGAACACCUGGAGGCGGGCGCACUCUCUGGACACAGCAGUGUGCAGCCACGCUGCAGCUGUUCUGGAUGGACAGAUCUAUAUUUCUGGAGGCUGUGACCCCCAUCAACACUGUCUUUCCUCUAUGUGCCACUACCAUCCUUCCCGUGGCUGUUCACCCAGAGCCCCCAUGACUGUGGGAACGGGUCGUGCCGGCCAUAUCAUGUUAGCCUUGGGGAGGGGGUUAGUGGUAGCUGGAGGGCUGCAGCCGCUCUGGAUGGGCUUCGGAGACCAACUCUUCUGUGAGCUGUACAACACCACGCAUGACUCCUGGUCAUCCAUCCCCGCCCUGCCUCGCCCUCAUCUGUCACCAGGAGCAACUGUGCUUGGUGGACGGUUAUAUGUGGUGGGAGGGUCUUCAGCAAACACAGAUACAUCAAGGGAUAAUAAGGGGGUGCAUCGCUAUGAUCCCAUGGAGGGGUGCUGGGAAAACUUGGGGUCUAUGCCACACCCAUAUACAAAUCUGGCAGUUUGUUCCAUGCCAUUUCCAGAGUCUUUCAUUUAAGCACUGGUUGAUUUUGUUUCUGGCUCAGGUAAACCCAAGGAGCUUUAAUAUAUGUAAUUCUGUUGAAGCAACUCUAAUAUAUAGCUAGGUACAGUAGGUGCUACAGGACAACCAGGCCCUAUUAUAUUUACAUCAGAGACACAUGAUGUCAUCAGAAAUGCAAUACAAACUUUGAGUUUGAAAGAUGUGGGCAGGAAGGCUGGGAUGGUCGGUUACAGUUGGUUGCAUUAUGGGAAAUGUAGGAUGCAGUGUUUUUGGAGUUUGACCCAUACUAGACACUAAAAGUCAGGGUAAUUUUGACCAUGAUUUCCAUGUGUCUCUUGUGGGUCUCCCUACAUUAAAAUAAUGCUGGGCUGCCCCUGUAAACAAUAAUUGGGCUAGGUUAGGCUAAUUUUGUGUGUGUGAGUUUGUAUAUAUUUUAAAUUGUGUUUAUUUUGUGUUCUGAAUAAUUCAUUCUUGCUGUACUGGUCAAAUGUAAAAUUAGGUCAAAGCUAUCUAAAUGUGAACACCAGCAGAGCCCAAUUAGGUACAAAGGGAGAUGUUGAAUGAGACCUUGACCUGGUUAAAUAAUAUGUGGUGGCCAUGUACGCCCCAAAGCAGCAACCAACGUCAAAUGACAUUUAUGUAAAUUCAACUCUCCAAUACUUCAGUCAACCACAGCAAUCCAAAAUGACGCUCAAUGAGUUCGCACAAGCCACAACAAUGGGUCUUCUGAUUUUCACAACAGUUUUGUCCUAUUUAUCUAUUCACAAACAGCUUCCUGUCAUCAGUUGACUAAAGUUAGAACUGUGUGUGUGUGUGUGUGUGUGUGUGUGUGUGUGUGUGUGUGUGUGUGUGUG